AUGGUUGUUCAAGUCGGUAUUAACGGUUUCGGUCGUAUUGGUCGUAUUGUCCUUCGUGCUACUGAGUCCAACAAGGACGUCCAAGUUGUUGCCAUCAACGAUCCCUUCAUUCCUCUUGACUACAUGGUCUACAUGUUGAAGUACGACACUGUUCACGGUCGCUUCGACGGUUCCGUCGAGGCCAAGGAUGGCAAGCUCGUUGUCAACGGUCAUGCUAUCGCCGUCUCUGCUGAGCGUGAUCCUACCUCCAUUCCUUGGGGUUCCGCUGGUGCUGACUACGUUGUCGAAUCCACUGGUGUCUUCACCACUACUGAAGCUGCCUCUGCUCAUCUUAAGGGUGGUGCCAAGAAGGUCAUCAUCUCUGCUCCCUCUGCUGAUGCCCCCAUGUUCGUCUGUGGCGUCAACCUCGAGGCUUACAAGUCUGAAUACAAGGUUAUCUCCAACGCCUCUUGUACCACCAACUGUUUGGCUCCUCUCGCCAAGGUCAUCAACGAUAACUUCGGUAUCGCUGAUGGUUUGAUGACCACUGUCCACGCCACCACCGCUACUCAAAAGACUGUCGAUGGUCCUUCUCACAAGGAUUGGAGAGGUGGUCGUGCCGCUGCUGCCAACAUCAUUCCCUCUUCCACUGGUGCCGCCAAGGCUGUCGGUAAGGUCAUUCCCGCUCUUAACGGUAAGCUCACCGGUAUGGCUUUCCGUGUCCCUACCCCUGAUGUCUCCGUUGUUGAUUUGACCGUCAACCUCUCCAAGGGUGCUUCUUACGAUGAAAUCAAGGAAGUUGUCAAGAAGGCCUCCGAAACCACCAUGAAGGGUGUCCUCGGUUACACAACUGACGCUGUCGUCUCAUCUGACUUCGUUGGUGAGCCCAACUCUUCCGUCUUUGACGCUGCUGCCGGUAUCCAAUUGACCCCUACUUUCGUCAAGCUCAUUGCCUGGUACGAUAACGAAUAUGGUUACUCCAACCGUGUUGUCGAUCUCCUUGUCCACGCUGCCAAGGUUGAUGGUGCUCUUUAA